AUGACGGGUCACAAAGCCGCCGGUCUGCCGCCAAACUUUGUCUUCUCGCCAAAUGACAAAUUUUAUGUUGCACCAGCCACAUGCUAUACCCUACAUUAUACCACUGGUGCCUACGUAGCCGCCGCUAUCGAAUUUGUGAUUCUAGGCGUCGGAUUUUCAUGCUUCUACCAAAUGAGUCAUGUGACCGGCUCAGUCGAAGGUUGGCUCUCAAUCCUACUUGCUUGCAUCACGGCCUUCUCAGCAAUUACGUCUAUAAUUAUGAUUAUCGGAAUUCGCUCAGAUAAACCAUCGUUCUUCACUCCAAAACUCACGUUCAUUACGCUAGAGAUCACUUUUCUCAUGUUCUGGGCAUUUCUUUCAAUAAUUUCAAUGUCCGUCGGACUUGACUUCACUCGUCAGAUGUUCGGAGUGUUUGCGAAGGUCUGGAUGAUCGAGCGCGACUAUGGCCCAAUCUGGCCAUUCACUGCCGCCGUCGUUUCGUUUUUCACUGCUGCGGUGGCCAUUUGGACCCGCAUAAUUGUUCAAGGCGCGUGCGAUUAUAUGCUCGACAAAAUCUAUUUCGCCGAUAGACCAAAUGUGGAACUAAAAUCAUCAAAAUCGCAAUAA